UCCAAACCCAGUCCAGUCGCGCAAUAGGUCCAGCACAAACCAAGGGAUCUUUUUAAACCAAACUGCACACCUUAGAGACAAUGCAUCUGUCUCAGACUGUGCUGUAUCUUAGCUUGCUGAUUGCUUUGGGUCCAGUAGUUUUGAGCGACCAAGAGACGCACCAGCAGCCCUCCGUCACCAGCCCAGAGGACACGGAGCAGUGCGCUACCUGCGAGGUCCGGCAGCAGAUUAAAACCAUGCGAUUAAACGCGAUCAAAUCUCAGAUUUUGAGCAAACUGCGGAUGAAAGAAGCUCCCAAUAUCAGCCGAGAUAUUGUGAAGCAGCUCCUGCCCAAAGCGCCGCCGCUGCAGCAGCUUCUCGACCAGUACGACGUGCUGGGAGAUGACAACAAGGAUGUGGUUAUGGAGGCGGACGAUGAGCAUGCCAUCACGGAGACAAUAAUGAUGAUGGCCACUGCACCCGAGUCCAUCGUCCAAGCGGACGGGGAACCAACGUGCUGCUUUUUCUCUUUUACUCAAAAGUUUCAACCCAAUCGCAUAGUCCGGGCUCAGCUCUGGGUGAAUCUGCGCCCGUCGGACGAGGCGACCACAGUGUUCCUGCAAAUAUCCCGCCUGAUGCCGGUCACAGACGGGAGCAGGCACAUACGCAUCCGCUCCCUGAAGAUCGACGUGAAUGCCGGGGUCAGCUCGUGGCAAAGUAUAGACGUCAAACAAGUGUUGGCUGUGUGGCUGCAGCAGCCGGAGACCAACUGGGGCAUCGAGAUUAACGCCUUCGAUUCGAGGGGAAAUGACUUGGCCGUGACCUCCGCAGAGCCCGGAGAGGACGGACUGCAACCGUUCAUGGAGGUGAAGAUCUCAGAGGGCCCCAGGCGUGCCAGGAGAGACUCGGGCCUGGACUGUGACGAGAACUCUCUAGAGUCCCGGUGCUGCCGUUACCCGCUCACUGUGGACUUUGAAGACUUUGGCUGGGACUGGAUUAUUGCUCCAAAGCGCUACAAGGCCAACUAUUGCUCCGGGGAGUGUGAGUACAUGCACUUGCAGAAGUAUCCGCACACCCACCUGGUGAACAAGGCCAACCCCAGAGGGAGCGCCGGCCCCUGCUGCACUCCCACCAAGAUGUCGCCCAUCAACAUGCUCUACUUUAACCGAAAAGAGCAGAUCAUCUACGGCAAGAUCCCUUCCAUGGUGGUGGACCGCUGUGGAUGCUCUUGAGUUGGGACGGGGAGACCGUGGCGAGAGGGAGAGGGGAGGCCGGAAGGGCUGUGGCUUCAUCCGUCCUCCAACUUCAAACUUUUUAACACAACCAGUCCACCAGUUCCAAUGCUUUCCUGCAGAACACGGUGCAGUAGAACCAGAGUAGAGGCCACAAACAGCCCGACCUUCACGCAGGGCAGCGCUAUCACAACCCGGCAUAGCUCUUACUUUUCUUUCCUCCAGUGAAAUCUUAGCCAUAGAGGCUUGAAGUCAGAUGGAUGCAGAAACAUACACAUACUCACACACAUGCCGGACCGUGGAGGGAAUGUAGACAGAAAUGAUCAAAGUUAUCCAAAAACUGUUUUUUCCCCCUGUAUCUGUUCUGUGCUGUCCAUUUAUACACACAUGCCGACAGAUUAUACUCGUACGCCGUCUACUCCACUCCACUUCACUUGUAGCCAACAUAAAAGCUAUUACACUUUUUUGCUAAGAUAUGUGUUUGUGAUAAUCAUUUUUCAAGUUAUGUUGUCAGAGUGAAACCAGGAAUCCUCAUGGACUUUUUGCAAGGGCUUGGAAAAACACAACUGGAGACUCAUAAGAGUGAUAUUUCUCACUGGCAGAACGUGUUUUAGUGCACAUAGGGUCAUAGAAGUCGAUUAAAAAAGAUGAAAACUGGUCACGCGGCAAACCCUUAAUCACUCCCAUAUUAUUUGAACUGCAUCAUUAUCUUGAAAAAUCUAACGCAAUUCUAAACAGAGGUGAUGCCGUUGUGGUUGGUCACUCCUGAGAUCCUAUUGACACAAAACUGUUUCCAUCAGGGUGAAGUACCACUUUAGGUCCUGACAUGUUUUCAUGUACUCUACCACACAUACAUGCAGCAACAUACCCGACCGAGGAGCACUCUUGCUCAGACAUAAUCUUCACUAUCCAACAAAACAGCCUGACCCUGGACCCUGCCCGAUACACUUGAAUUAUUCUGAUUGUACAUUCACAUGACUGGACAGAAGGACUUGAACUGAAGGCACAGUGAAUGCAGCCUACAAAUGAAAAAAAAAAAAAAAUGUGUUUAAGACAGAGAAAAUGGAUUGUCGAGAUUGUAUGAAUGUUGAGAUCACUCUGUCGACAAACAACAGUUUGCACUAUGGCACACCAAUAGAAGGAAUUGGUUGCUACAAAAGUUGUAAAAACUGAUUUUGAUAUGUUUGCUAAUUUGUAUUGUAUACAUAUGCCAUUGUUUCCAUGAGGAGUUGCCUUUCUAAACCACCUGUUGGUAAAUGUAUAAAACCACAACCUAGCAAGAUGUA